CCUAAGUCCUAAGCGGAUUCCCUCUCGAGUCUAGACAUUUCGGCACUAUUCCGUCCACUGUUAGACGCUCCGCCAGUCCGUCUCAUCCAAACAUUGCAGGCGGGGAUAUCGUGGGGACCACAUAGUGCGGAGAACCUGCAAACGUGCUAAGUCGAUUCUUAACUUCCUCGUUUUCAUUCGGGGUCCUGAUUUCCCCAAUUUUCCCGCUCCCGGUGCGUAACUACGUACCGCAUGUGUUUGCAGCGUGCAGCCCAUCCGUCUUGACUCUUGACUGAUCGGCCGUCGACCUUCUCCAGUGCCUCCCCCACAAUGGAACAAUUGCAGGGAAUCAAAAAGCCUGUCCGGUUUAGAUCUCAUUCCCUCCAGCGGCAGAGGGUCAGCAAGGCAUGCGACGAGUGCUACCGUCUAAGAACAAAAUGCGAUGGCGAGUUUCCCUGCCGGCACUGCAAUGAACUCUCAUUGCCGUGCGGAUACUACAGAGAGCCCAAGAAGCGGGGGAGAAGGACACAGAAAGAGAAGCAGCUUAGCCAGGCCCAUACGACAUCCCAAAGUCAAUCGAUUGCUACGCCAGCAUCUCCGCAGCGAUCACCGUCUGUGUCGUCAACCGCCAACCCAGAGUCUAUCUCUGGUCAUUCGACUGCUGUCAAUGGAAGUGGAAUGUCGCCGCCUACCAAGCUAAUGGACCACAACACGACAGCUACCUCACCCAGCCAUGCCAAUCUCUACAAUUUCUCCGGUCCUGAUGGGUUGGAAUCAUCUGAAUCACCGCCUGCCCAACUCGAUUGGCAAAAGGCCGCAGAAGUCCCCAUGUUUGACGCAUCACCUCCUCCCAUGUGGCCUCAGGACCAGCAGGGAAUCUCUCUUGCCUUUUCACAAGAUGCAUUCGGGAUGGGAAGUGUACGGCAAGACCAUGAUAUGCCACAUCUCAAAUACCCUGUCUUAUUGCCGUGCUGGCCGUUUAUACAAUCAUUCAUGACAGCGACCCUAGCAUGCGACCUCCUCGACGAAUACUUCCGAAGCAUGUCCCCUCGAUUUCUUCACCCUUCUUCGCCUUAUGUGAUCGCCCACAUCUUCCGCAAAGGCUCAAUUCUACACCCGAUGAACCCCCGGGCAUGCAGUCCAGCACUGCUAGUCAGUCUUCUCUGGAUCGGCGCGCAUACCAGUGAUGCCUCCGAGCUAUCAUCUCCUCCAAAUGCGCGAAGAAAACUCACAGAGAAGCUGCUAGACCUGUUUCUAGAGCUUCUGCGACCAAACCGGACUUCCCUACUCCCGGUGAGUGGCUCGUACUUUGAGGAGAGGUUACCUGGAGGCUUCCUCAGCUCUCCAGUGCCAGGGAGGGAGGAGAAUAUAAGCUCGCUCGCCGAUACCACACUGGAUGAUGUGAUUACGUAUAUCCACCUUGCCACCGUUGUUUCCGCCAGCGAGUUCAAGGCAUCCAGCAUCAGAUGGUGGAACGUUGCCUGGUCUCUCGCACGGGAACUCGGCCUGAACCGGGAAGUCGUCGAGGAUGGGCCGAAACACGAGUCGUCGCUCAUCACCGAAGAGGAGCGCGAGGAGCGGCGACGGACCUGGUGGAUUCUCUUUGCCGUAGAUAGACAUCUAUCACUAUGUUACAACAAGCCCCUCUUUCUCCUCGACGCGGAAUGCGACGCUCUCUACCAGCCUGUUGACGACACGAUCUGGCAAAGUGGCGAUGAAUAUACCACGCCCUUCAUCCCCCGCGAACUAGGCCCUCCGGUCUCCUGCACCGACCACAGCAUCUUCGGCUUCUUCCUUCCGCUCAUGACCAUCCUCGGCGAAAUCAUCGACCUCAACUAUGCCCGAAACCACGCGCGGUUCAUGCCCCGGCUUACCAGCGCCGGUAUCGAUGAGCAAGCGCAGGAGAUCACCCAGCGGCUGAAAGGCUAUGGGGACAGUCUCCAGAUCUUCGAAACCCAGCGGUUCUGCAUCCUGGAUGAAGAGGGGGACCAGUCAGGAUCCAAGGAAUCGGAUCUGCACACGCGGAAGGUCAUCGCCUACGGGACACAGGUGAUGAACACGUUGCAUAUCCUUGUCAACGGCAAAUGGGAUCCACUCUCAUUGUUCAACGGAGCCGAUCCGUGGGUAUUCUCCGAGCCUUUUUUCGCCGCUGCGGCGCACGGGAUCAAGGCGGCGGAGGCGACCGAGAAGAUCCUCCAGUACGAUCCGGAUCUGAGUUUUAUGCCGUGGUUCUUCGGGAUCCAGCUGCUUCAGGGCAGCCUCAUAUUGCUGUUGAUCGCGGACAAACUUCGAGACAACACCAGCAUGAGUGUGAUUACGGCGUGUGAGACGGUGACGAGAGCCCACGAGGCGUGCGUGGUGACCUUGCAUACCGAAUACCAGAGGAAAUUUUGCAAAGUGAUGCGAUCGACGAUUCGGCAGGUCAGAGGAUUCGGCGGACGGAAUGAAGGGCAGACCCGAGCGCAGGAGAUACUGGCCCCGUAUCGAUGGACGGUCAAUGGAUCCGGUCUAGCUUUAUGAUGAGCUAUCCAGCGUUUUUCGAGAUACCCCUCUUAUCAAUUUCGAUCAGCAUUCGUCUGCAAGCAGCGUAACGCACCCUAUCUGUGAUUUCGACUGUCAGUGACUUCGGUGGUCUUCCGAUUUGGGGAAGAUGGCAUUAGAAGCAAGCGCUGCUCAACCGCGAACCGGCCUCUUCGGCAUAUACACAAGAUGCCACGUCGGGAACUUUUCUAACUCGGCUGUUUACAACUUGCCCACGCCUCUACGACACUUCCGAAAACUCUACGCCUAUAUCACCAGUCCCCAGGGAUUCAAAUUUAGUCGCUUGCAGAGGUCUCGGGAUUCGCUGGCUGCAGCUGCAAGCCUCGCAUGUUU